AUGAGUAACCCAAAUCUACCCGCAUCCUCGUCCGUUGUUGGCCCACAGCAUCACCCACCACAACGACCGUAUCAUUCUGCAUCAUCGGGAGGAUCUUCUCAUCAACCACCUCAUACGAUGCAUGGCUCUGCUUCGGUCUCAUCAAUGGCAUCAUCGGGUAGUUUAUCAAAUCAGGGUAGUAGCAAUACUGGAUCAUUAUCAGGAGGAUUUGCUCAACAACAUUCAUCAUCAUCAAAUCGACCAUCUGGACAAUACCCACCAAGAUCUGGUCAAGGAAGUGUACAAAAUACAAGUAGACCACCCAAUCCUGCAAGGGUUUCAAGCAGCAUGAAUCCGAAUAUAAAUAGUAGCCGACCACCCACAAAGAAGCAUCCACCCAACCAACCAUAUACAACACCGUCUUCUCAUUAUCAUCACGGUGGAAUGACGAACAUACCAGGGUAUAAUCAAACACAGCCUUCAGGAACAAAGCUAGCGUGCGGAAAGGUUGUAGUAGAUCUUCUCUCACCAAAAUUAGGUUUUCCAGAUGUAUAUCCUUGUGAACAACAUUCCAGAAUACCUGAAGUUAUAUUUUCAUCAACUUUUGCAAGAGAAGGAUAUGUCGACAAAACAUUCUCAAAAAUCGAUCAUCAAGAAAUUAAUUCAUCUGGAAGCUUUUUUUUAGAUUCGCCUUUUUUUGCAAAUCUGGAGAGAUGUGAACAAAAUUUGAGAGAAGAACACAAAUCAUUCUCUACUAACAAGACAAGAGAGGAAAUGAAACAACGAUUUGACAAUGCUGUUAAUUCAUGCAAUUGUACCGCUACAACAACAUUAAUUCCAAAAACGGUUGAAAGUUAUAGCAUGUUUAAAGUUUUGGCAGGAAAAACAGAGGACCAGAAGCGUCCCAUGAAUAACAUGACUUCGCCAAGAAUUCCUUUGAGAGAACUUGUAUCAAAAGUGGCUAAAUAUUUCGUGAAACCAAACUUCUUCGAGUUACUUGCGUCACACAACAUUCCAUAUUUUAGAGCGUUGUGGUAUACCAAGAUUUUAAUACGAGACAAUUCAGCAGCAUCAAAUGUCAACGUCAAAGACUUGAGUUUGGAUUUAACAAACAAACUUUGUGAGCACAUGCUGAAUAUAUGCUCUGAAGAGAAUUCUGAUCCAAAGAAGCGUCAGUCUGUUAUGUACACAAUCAAUUUUCUUGCCUACUGCCUUGAAGAGAAGAUGCUAAACGAAUCUAUUUUGUGUCAAAAGCUUCUUGAAAUGCUUGAAUCAAAAUUUGGUUUAAAACCAAAGGCAAGCAAAGACGUUUCUCUCAUGGAUGCCUAUUUUUUCUCACUACUUUCCAUCAAAUCAAACGAUCAAAUUUUCCAAAAUCUAACCAAUACCAUCAACUCUUCCAAAAAAGUUGGACCCGUCACCAAAUUUUAUAUUUUACAAUUUUUUAAAUUGUAUAUGACCUAUUCAUCAGAUCCCAAAUUUUCUUUCGAGGUUUAUCGAAGAUUGAACCCUGGUCAACAACAAUUAUCUCUAGAUAACGUAAAACACUUGCUCUACAAGCCAAAAGAUGACAUAUUUGCAAUUAACGUGCUGGAUAGGACGAAUUGUAACAUACCUGAAAUUUACAACACAUUACUAUAUAACAAGGAUAUCGGUAUAAAUCUAAUAUCUGGCAUUUGUGAAUGGGCAAUUACAUCGAAAAGGCAGCAGAAUCAUAGACCAUAUGUUGUUGGAACUCUGGUGAAUUAUUUUAUCAAGCAGAAUCCUUCAUUGAAAAAACAAGUAGAGGAAUCACUAUUUAGGGAAGUUUUAGGUUAUUGCGAAGAAUCCUCUGAAGACACGUCACUGAACAUUAUCAAACUUUUCAAUGAGCUUAUUUUACAAAACAACUUUUCAAUCAGUGAAUAUAUCAAAUACUUGACAGCAAGAGGGUUUAAUGUAUCAAAAACAGACAAGUUUAAUACUACACAUUCCUAUAUUCUUAGAAACCUUCCUUCAUACGAUGCCCUCACUAAGAAUAAGAUCAACUCUAAGCUAUACGGACCAAGGUUUGACUCUGAAAAUUCCGAAGCAAAGAAAAUUCAAACAUCUCAAAACGAUAUUAAGGAGAACAUUUCAAAGAUUAUUUAUGGAGGCCUUAAUCAGAGCGAUAUGGAUGAGACUGUGAAGUCAGUCAUCAACUCUAUUCGAGAUCUACCCUUGAAAGGUGCACAAUUUGAGAUUACUCAAUGGAUAUCUGAUGAGCUGAAAUUUAUUGAUUCUAGCUUAUUAAGUGAAGAUAUUAUUGAUAAUUUACUUGCAAUUACUCUCACGGUGUCAAACUAUAGAGCUUUUAGGGAUAUUAUUUUUAAUAUCUUGAACAAGCUCGUUAGCGGAGAGUGCAAGUAUUUGGGCCUUGAGAUGAAAUUAUUCUCUAUCAUUAGAAAUGGUAUACAUUUAUUUAUUUCACUGGAUGACUCUGAAAUAAUUGACUUGUUCCAAAAACGAUACAAAACCAUCAACAGCCGAAAUUUUCAAAUCAUUAUUUAUAAGUACUUGACGGAAAUUAGCAACUGUGAAGCCUUCAAAGCCAAAAUUUCCAAGUUUAUUUCCGUGGUUGAGAAUUUUAACACUCCAGCAGCUCCACUGAACCUGGAUUUUACUCUGAACUCAAUGAUAACUCAUCCAUUCAUUGAGUAUGUAAAAAAAGAAGGCAUUAACUUGAUUCAUUCAAAUCCAUCCUCUCUCGUUUCAGAAUACACUCUUAACAAUCCUCAAAGGUUUACUCAAGAGCAAGUAUUCAUAUUGCUGCGGGUAUUAUUUGCACAGUACCAUCAUCACAAACAUGCCUUCUUUAUUCGGCUAUUACGAGAUAUGUCUCUUCAAAGCUCUCUGUUUGAUAAUUCUGCUGUUAUCGAAUGUUUAACUCAUGUCAUUGUACAGAUAUUGGACGAUCCCCAUUCUACAACGGAUGUUAUUAUUUCUCUCAUCCAAUUUAUCAUUGAAAGUAUUACGAACGGAUUGAUUUCAGGCUACACUUUUAUUAACAACAUUUUAUUUAGAGUCUUUGAUUUACUGAUGCAGAAAAUUACCAACCUGAAGAGUAUUAUCAAUCAACCCAUAGCAUUCAUUUUCUUUUACAUUUACUUUUUACGGAUUUUUGUCAACUUUUCCUUUAGCACAACAAACGAAAAGAUCAAUGCAUUAAUGAUUGAGUGCAAUAUUCCAGCUGAUUCAGUAACUUGGAUCGAUGAACAUAUUUAUUCUAAUAUUAUCACCAACACAUUCUAUGACUUUCUAGGGCCUUUUGAAUCGAAAGAAUUAAUUUCUAAACUUGCUGUUUAUUGCAAAACCUUAUACAAGGAGGCGAUAUCUAGCCACGGCGAUCAAAAUAGGAGCAAAAAGGUUUAUGAGUCCAUGGUUGAAAUUUUGUUAGAUUAUCUUGGAAAUCCCAAAGCCUUGAAAGACAUUAGCCGCUCCAUUUCAUAUACUCAAGAUUGUCUUGGAUUAUUGUAUGAACUUCCAUCCAAAGGAAAAGAAAUUGAAUACGGAAAUAAGUACCAAACCAUAUCAACACUCAUAGAAAGUUUGAUUAAGCCAUUCUCAAGCGAAGCAACAAACCCCGUUCCAGGAAAGCUGUUUGCAUUUCUGAGUCACAGUACCAGUAUUAACGAUUACUUGAACUUUGUGAUGGACCUCUCAAAAUCUUGCGACAAGUGGAGAAUUCCAAUUGACUCUCACAUACUAUUUAUUUACAUGUUCACUUGGAACAAGAGAAAACCUCUACAAAGAGAGCAGUACCUUCAUUUUGCAACCCGAAAAGGAAAAGAUGAUUCAUUUUUUUAUGCGAAGUCGCUUCUACCUAUACUAUUUUAUACUCCAUUUGCAGCGUUCCAAGACAUAGUUCUAGAACUGUUCCGGUCAGCCAUCACCUACAAUGAAAAACGUCAACAAGAUGUAGAAAAUUUGUUGCCAACUAUUGAUGAACUCAUUCGAUUGGAUCAAGGUAAAGCUGAAAUUGCUUGUCGCCACAUAUUGGACUCAAUUAAUGGAACCUUAAAAGAUCAAAACAGCCCUAAUAUUAGAGAAAAAUUGACUACUGCACUCUUCUGCUUGAAGGAUAUCAUUUUCUAUUCACCACUCCUUGAAAACCCUUUUGAAGAUCGAUCAAGUGACAAGAAAAACCGACUUCAAAUCAUUUUUGAAAUCAAGAAGGUUCUCAUCAUGCUAUCAACAAGUAAGAUCAUACCAAACAUUUUCAAUUCCUCCACAUCUACAACAAGUAGCAUUGUUUCUACCCCUGCAGUCAGCAGUAGCCUCCCUACUCAAACAAUUAUUGACCUUUCCCUCACUGAUAUUUAUUAUCUCAUUUACAGCAUGCUACUUAAACUGAAAAUACCUCAAGAAGAAUUGAACAAGGACUUUGAAAGAUUUUUCCAGCAACGAGAAGCUUCUUUGUCAUCCUCAAGCGGAAGCAGCUCGAGAAGCAUUCAACAACCACCUCUAUCAUAUCCACCAACUCAAAUUAAUCCAAGCCCUGGUUCUGCCUCCUCAACAGGAACACCAUCAAAUAUAAGACCGUCCACAACACCACGAGGAGGAGUUGGCACUCCCUCUUCAGGAACAGGCAAAGCAUCUCCCAUUAAGAGCCCACAACAAUCUCCACUUCAAUCCUCCAUUAUUGGUUCCCAACCUACUGCCAUUAGAAACGACCACAACAAGAUUAGCAAUUGGCUAGUAAUUGAGGACUAUGUCAUUCAAUGUCCCCAUUGCGGCUCCUCGCACGGCAAUUUAACUCCAGCCCGUUACUUUGGAAGCAAGGUUGUGAAAAAGACAGAACUUUUGUUUGGUAAGAAAGUUGCACCUCCAUCACUGGCGUCAUCAAGUGGACAUGUAAAUCAUCACUCAUCUUCUGGAAGUAGUGAUAGUUCUAUGAAGAAAAGAAAACUAGCCGAGUCGUCAGACUCCACACCUACGACUGAACAGCAAGAAGAUUCUACCUCAAUGGUUCUCUCGGACUCCCCUCUUUCGCAAGAGCCCAAGAAGCUCAAGCAGUAG